CGGCGAGAGCGGGGGCGAUUGUGGGCGGGGAUUUUGCCUUGCAUCACCCCCAAACCCUGGCAUCGCCCCCCCCCGCCCCCGCGCGGGAUCCCGCGGCUGGCGCGUGCCCAGCUGUUGCCAAGGGCAGCCGGACGCGCCGCGCGGGGCUGCCCAGCGCUCCCGGGCUCCUGCCUGCCAGUUCUUGUGGACAGAAGAUCCUUAGCUUCCAGUUUGAAAAAAAAAAUCUAUGAUUUAAAUAGAUCAUAUAUAUAUGGAGGCAAUGUCUAGGACAUACUGCAGUCAUUGCUUCAGCACUACAUGCUUGUUUUCUGUUGCAUUUAUUUUGUAUCCAUAACAUGGAUUUCAGAGAGCCAGACAUGGAAGCAGAUGCUCUGAAGGACAAGAUCUAUAUGUCUCAGUGGACUGAUCCAGCAAAGCCAGUGCCAUCUCCUAACAAGAUAAUUGAGAAGGCCAUGCCGCCUUUGUUGCCGGGCUGGAGGAACAUCACGAGUGAGUCAUUCAGAGAGCAGUUUGCACCCUUAUACUAUUCACCAGACAGCAGUAUGAUAGGCAGCAGAGGCAGCUCAUCAAAUAAUGUGCACCAUAACCAAGAUUUUCAGGAUACAAGACAGUUAAAUUAUUUGGCCAACUCUAUUCUUUUUCCUCACUUGUUGGCAUCCAGUUCAUCUCAGACUAGCAAAACUAAUGACAACUUGGAACCGCUCAGUCCACCUCCUCCACCAACUGCUCAUGCACCUCAGACAAGUCAGGAAACUGUAUGCUACAGAAAUAUAGAACAGAGCCCAAGGCAGCAAGAACAGGUGAUGAAGCAGCAGAUGGAGCAGCUGCAAAGGCUGGUGACCGAGCAGCAGAAAAUCAUUACAUACUACAACCCAGGCUUUUCACCUUCUUCUGGGGUCUCUUCCCACCUACUUUCCACGAUGCCACCACUUCCAAGAUCUGCUGCCACUUUAUUUCCUGUCCAGCUCCCUUCAGAAAAUUCUCCACAAGUCCAGAGCCAUGGACACUUGCAAACUGAUCCCUUAAUAAUGUGUCCACCCCUGCAAAGAGGUUCCCCAGUUUCUUCACCAAACAAUAGCUGUGCAGAAACCUCAGGAGAGAAUCCACAACUUCCAGGUCCAGCUGGUUCUCUGAACAUAGGGGCACACCCAGAGCCAUUAUCUCUGUGUCCUGGGAGCCCCACAAAAAGACUUUCUAGACAAGAUGCUCUAGAAGAGGAAAUAACAGCAGACAAAGAUAAAGAUCUACUAGAGGAAGAGGCUUGCCUUGAAGCCUUGCCUGCCAUUGAAGAAAAAGGAGGAGAACAAAUUGAUGAACAGAUUCCCCUUUCACCCUUUGGCAUAAGAAUCAAGACAAGGAAUAGAAAUCUGGAAGACAGGCCAAUCAGACCAGGAAUUGGUAUAAGACAGAAGACUUUUGAGGAAUUUGUUGAAGAACAAUUGAAAGUAGACUCUCAAAUAGUAGAAAAACAUCAGCAGGAGCAGCAGAAUUUCUGCAAGGGUAAAAUAUCCCCUCGAAAAUCUUUCCUGAAAUGUGGAGAAGGCAUUGCAAGGCAUGAAAAAAGAAAAGGAAGCUUUGGAAAAGAACAAACCAAGCAUUCUAGAAGAGUUAGUUUUGACUGCCAGAAUCACUUCUCUUGGCCUGGCUGUCAAACUUGGAAAUUACAUAUGGGGAAAGGCUCUUGUUUAAAUCGGCAGGCCAGUAGUCCCAUGAUGUUGAGCACAACUGAGAAAAAUACAACCAGUGCUAUGUCUGUGAGUGAAAUAAAGAAUCUGGGGGACUGUAAGGCAGGUGGUCCUGAGGAAAGGCCGGGAGAAAGAGAAGGAGGUGAGGGAGAAGAGAGUAUAAAGGGGGAGCCUGCUGUAUCACCACAGAUGAAUUGGCCUGAGCUUAUACGGCAGUGUCAUGAGCAAAUAAGUGGAAUGAACCUCCAAGCAGGUGAGAGGAAUGAAACGCAGUGUGCUGAUUCUCUAGCACACCUUGAUGGAAUGGAUAAAAGAUCCAUGGAGCCUAAAGUCCCAAAGCAGUUAGAUCUUGUGGAUCAGUCUGGGAAGGGCAACAUAGCAGAGGCAGCAGAAAAACCUUUGGAAGCCCUUCAAGAAGAUUCUGUGUUUCAGAACUUAGAAGAAGCAAACCAAGCAAAGCAUGUGGAUUGGAGCAUAGGUCUGCAAUUCACGUCCUGCAUGAAAGGGGCUCCCGGCUUGCAAAAUAAGUUCUGUAUUGUGAACCCAAACUCAGAGAGCAAGAGAGGAACCAGCACUGGAUUUAAGCUGGUCAAUGACAAAAUAGUGAAAGUUUCCCAUACAUCAGCCCAGCACAUGGACAGGGAAAAGGGUGACACAUCUGUUGGUCACCAGCGUUUGUGUCAAAGCAGUGGAAAUGCUCCCUGCCAGUGGAAUGCCUUAGCUGUGGCCAGUGAGUCAAGCCACACAUCAACUGACAGUGAGGAUGAUCCCAAAUCACACUGCAGUCAGUAUCCCACACAGGCUGCACCACAGAAAGUAGGUCGGACUGACAGACAUUUGGAUCUCUCUGAUGCUGAUUAUGCUAGUGAUGAGCCCAGUGGAGCAGAAAAGAUGACCCUGAAAAAGCACAGCAAGUCUCAGCCUAAGAAACGGGGGCUUUCAAACCAGCAGGAUUCUUCACUCAGCACAAGCAGCAGUGAGUCUAGUAAUGGAGUUGCCAGGCUGAAAGGGAGUAAGCCUUGCUCCUCUUUUCAAAAGUGUCCUUUUCAUCCCCCAAGAUCCAUGGGAGGCCAACAACAGCCUCAAGCAAAGAGUGAGAGUUGUGCUGGGGACAUUAAAACUGUAGAUCUGUACUCACUACCCUCAAUGGGCAAUCUUGUAACUACUCUGUUCCCUACUUUCAAGAGUAAAGACACCCUUGCUGAAGAAAAGGAACAUAGAAAGCUGUUUUUGGGGACACUAGAAGACACUCAGAAAAGACUGACUGGCAAAUUUUUGGAAUCGGAAAGGGAGGUUGGUGUGUUUCUUGGAGAAACCCCUCCACUAGCUGGGAUGAAAGAAGAGCAGGAGAAAGCAAUGCAUUUUCUCAGAACACGAACGGAUCAGUUUGAGACCAUCAAGGCUCAGGAGCUGAACCAUGCAGAAUACAAGAGAGGUCAAAUUCCCAUGCUGCUGAAAGAAAAUGUUGAAUCUGAUAAGUACUUGGCAACAACUAGAAUCACUGGAGAGAAUGGGAACUCCAAAGAAAUACAAAUAUUAAAGCAACAGAUUGCAGGGCUCCAGGAGGAAUUCAGAAGAAAUGAGUCCCACUGGCAUGCUGCCCAUGGCCAGCUGAAGAGUCAGAUUGAGAUGCUGACCAAACAAAACCUGGAGCUUCGAGGUGAGCUCCGAGUUUCAAAGCAUCAGAGGCUGGAAUCAGAAAAAAAAUCCAGAGUUGUGGAUUUCAGAAGCAGAACAUCAGAAACCCCGGUGUCAGAAGCUAUUCUGACAGGAUUGUCAUCCCUGGCUAAACGGGAAGAAAGCCCAUUGAGAGGCAGCCAUAAAAGUCGAAGCUCCACUCCCAUGGGCAGGAGAACACCAUUGGAGAAACAGCAUCCCAGAGAUGCAAAUAUCAAAGCAGCAAAAAGUGCACUGGAAAAGACUGAGUCUUUAAAAUCAGUAACAAGGGAACAGAGAGAGAAGAUAUCAUCUGAUCGCCUCCAUAGCAGAAGUGCAACACCCACUGGUAGGAGAACACCCCAUGCAAGAAGAUUAACACCAUUUGAGCCUGAUAAGGUCACACAUCGACCCUCUUAUACUGAACCAAGAGCUUAUGGAUGGAAGUCACUUGUGCCAGUCUCCCACCCAAAUGUGUUUGAGGACAUUAACUCAUCGUCUUAUGUAAAAGACAGGUAUUCAUCUACCUCCGGUAGUUCGGAGGACAUGCCCCUCUUGCACAGCCAGAAUGACAACGUAUGUAGCUCAGCUUCCUGCAGUAACAAUGAGGAAGCACAGGAGAAAGAGAAUCUUAGCUUUAAAAAGGCUCAAAAAUCCCUGAAACCUUUGACUAAAACUACGUCCUUGACUGCCUCCAGAAAAAAUGGCAUAACUUCAAGUACCAGCACAACACCUACAGGAGGUUCUCAAAACUUUCUGGAUGCUGAAGCAAAGAGUUUGCUGCCAAAGUCAGUGUUAUCAAGAAGGCCAUCACUGUAUGAAGAAAAAAAGAAGAAUGAUGAGGAGGUGCGAGAAAAAAUAGAAUAUCCAGAUGGAAAGGUUGAAGAGGUACUUACUGAUGGCCGUAGAGUCAUUACUUUUCGCAAUGGUACCAAGAAAGAGAUAAGCGCUGAUAAAAGGAUGACUGUGGUUAGCUUUUUCAAUGGAGAUGUGAAGAAGAUCAUGCCAGACCAGAGAGUGAUUUAUUUCUAUGCAGAUGCGCAGACAACCCACACCACUUAUCCAACUGGCUUGGAGGUGCUGCAGUUCCCUAAUAAUCAAAUAGAAAAACACCAUCCUGAUGGCACCAAAGAAAUUGUGUUCCCUGAUCAGACAGUGAAACGUCUCUGUACUGAUGGGCUAGAGGAAACAGUUUUUGCAGAUGGUACUUUAGUAAAAGUAGAAAAGAAUGGAGACAAAAUGGUGAUAUUCAGUAACGGGCAGAAGGAGAUUCAUACUGCACAGUUCAAGAGGAGGGAGUACCCUGAUGGCACCAGAAAGACUGUGUACUCCAAUGGACGACAGGAAACAAAGUAUUCCUCUGGACGGGUUCGAAUCAGAGAUGAAGAAGGCAAUAUCAUCCUUGAUAAGAAGUGAUUCAUCUCCCUGAUGUGCCAGGUUAUAUGUAGGUGGUCUGUCCAGGCUAGUUUCUGCUUGUGAUUUGAUAUCUUUAUCCCUUGGAAGCACACACCUGUUACAUGAUUCUUUCUUUGUCUCCUUACCUAUUUUUCUGUUCCCUGAAAUAACUAGAACCUGGCCUUGGAAUAUUUAAGCUCCUGCUUUUCCAAAUGAACAUGCCAGGUUGAAUUUUAUUUAUACUCAGUGGGUGUGUCUACACGAGACACUUACUGCACAUUAGUGUAAUAAUAAUGUGCUGUAGUGUGUCACAACAAAAACUGUGCUAAUAUCCUAUUACGCCGUGUUAUUAGGCUCAUCCUCAGUAAGUGUCACUAAAUAACCAUGUGCUGGUGCUACUACACAGUAACUCUAGUUACUGUGCAUUCAGUUACUACUUCAUUAAAGAAGUACUAAACUAAAUGCACAGUAUGUAAGGGGCAUUAAUGGACAUGUAGAUGCGUCCACUGAAUGUUAGGUGCUUAACCUAAUGGGUAAGCCUAAUGGGUGAGCAUCUCAUGAAUGAACUGCAGUCAUGCCCAUCCCACACAAAUAUUAACACACCAAUGAUCCUUUUCAUAAGAGCAUUUGCCUGGUGAUCAUGGCCAAAAUGUAUUUGUGUGCUGGUUGCUUACCCUGUCCAUUGCUGGAGUGGCUGCAUCUCAGUGCUUUUAUGUGCACCCCACAGGGGCAAGACACUUUAGGAUUCUUUGGAAUUAAUGCAAUAGUAUAAAUAUAAGAUGUUAGUUUCCAGGUGCCUGGUCCCAGAAGUGGAAUCCAAAACCCUGAAGGGAGUGCCUAGCCUCCCUAUAGGCAGACAAGGUCCUUUGGGUGAAUCUGAUAUCUUUUAUUAGACCAACUUAAAUAGUUGGAGAACAAUUUUUAAGGGUUUUUGAACCCAAAAGCUUGCUUAAAAAUUG